CUCCACACACAUUCUGCUACGGCAAGAUGAGGCAGUCACCUAUAGUUUUAUUCCUCUAAAACCUUAAUAAUAGUUAAGGAAAGGCUUAAUAGCCAUUGUUUUAUUCCUCUAAAAGCUGAAUAGAAGUUAAAGAAAACCUUAAUUGUGAGGGAAAAAAUAUUUGACGAUGCACAGGAACAUGCGAAGGAACCUGCAAAGCCUUUGGAGGAACACAUUUCUUUAGCAGCAUCUUUUUUUUCCACCCUUGGAGCUAAUCGUGCAAACUCUUUGAGUGAGACGGACGCAGCCAGGACAAGAGCCACCAAUUCCACACAAGAGAACACAGAGGAUCGAUCAACACACCAUGCAAUCCAGGAGGCCUCCAAUACCACGCAAGCCAGUGCUCCCCCCACAACCACCCAAACCCUCCACCCUCCAGGGAGCGCAGGCCGCCACAGCAAGCCCCAGGCCCCAAGCCACCACACUAGGCCCACCGUGGAACAGCCACACCAGGCGCACUCGCCCUCCCCCACCGUUUAUUCUGCAGAGGAGCGGGAACCAGGGGCCACCCACUCACGAUGACAAGCCCCCGUUGAGCCCCAAACCUCUGAGCCCCCCACCUCUGAGCCCUAGUCCCAGCAGCAGAGGCCGAGCUGCUGUUGAGUUCUCCACUCCGCCUCUGUCUCCCAAGGAAAAGAGUUUUGGGGUGACACUGGGAAGAGAGGGGAAGCCCACCGUCAAAUGGUCGAAGCCAAACUGUUGGCUUGGUGAAGCUCAGCGUGGACGUCGAUCAGCACCAGAUGGAAGUGAGAAGACAGACAGUAAUGGAGUGAUGGUGGUGGACAGUGAGAAGGCUGUGUCCAGUUCCUCUAACCCCACUGGACCAAGCCCAAACCCUAGCUCUAGCCCUGACACUAACCCCUGUCCCGGCGCCAAGCCCUGCAACUGCCAGUGUCUGUGUCACCACCACAGGCCUGGCAUGAGGCUGGUGUGGGUUCCCGUGCAGGAUGAAGAUGAUGGAUCUCCAACAGCGGAGCUUGGAACUAGAACAGCGGAGAACAGCGUGACAGCAGAGCAGACCAUGACGGUCACGAAACCAAUGACAACAGAAGAGAGCCAGGAAGCGUCCAGGCAGAGGGACGCCAAAAACGAGAAGUCCGAUAAUGGGGAAGUGAAAGUGGACGACAGCGUCCACCGCCGUCACCACCGCCAAGCAGGGCCUGAUCUGCUGUACGAGAGCAUGGAAGUCCCUGAGAAACCCACUCCUCCACCGAGACCACCACAUCUAGCUCCUGGCACAUACAUACCACCACAACAACAGGCUCUGAUGCCCCCACAGGUGCCCCCGAAAGCUGGUCGGCCUUCCCCGGACAGCAGCCCCCGGCUGAAUGCCAAGGCCAAGCCUUGCCCAAGCACCAGCCCGGUUAGCCCCAGCAAAGUCGGAUGGGGCACCAAAAACGAGGCCCCCUCCCCGAAAUCGAGCCCGUCCAUGGAGCACCGUCCCCUGCCGCCCAUACCUCCCGUCACCCCCCGGAGCCCCAGAGGGAGGAACACACAGGCCCGCCCCGUGCUGUCCUACAUGCUGUCCCCACGCGGGUGCCCUCCGCCCUGCAGACGUCAGCAGUCCGAGAGGGCCAAGAGCAAAGACAACAUAUAUUAUGACGGCUACGAGUCCUACAAGUGCACAGUGGCUCAGCCACCACCGGAGAAAGCAGAUGUGAACUUGGAUGAUUUCUACGAGUGGGUUUCCACAGACCAAGAGGAUAUUCCUGUGUACCUUGAGAUUCAGCAGGACUCACCCCCUGAACGGAAAGCCUCACAGGACAAACAAAAACUUAAGCACAGCAUGACCUUCCAUGCCUCCACCAAGGUCACGGAUCCCUCUCGGCCGCAGGCAGUUGCUCAUGCCCAGGUCAGCAGGGCCAACUCCGUGGGGGGAGGGGAGGGCGUCGCACUGCGCAAGAACAAGGUGGAGCCCCUGGCCAGCCUGUGGCAGGACCGGCCCGAGGUGAAGGCCAGCGGGGUCCUGGAGACACUGAGCCGCAGGGAGGUCCUUCUGCAGGAGAGCAUGUUUGAGGUGAUGUCCAGUGAGGAGUCGUACCAGAACUCCCUGAGGGUGCUGAGGGACCACUUCCUGGGCUCCCGAGAGCUGAACGACACCCUGGUGAUCCACGACAAGAAGAGGCUUUUCUCCAACAUCCUCCAAGUAUACGAAGUCAGCGAAAGAUUCUUGGCAGAUCUGCAGGACAGAGUGAACGAGAGCGUGGUCAUUUCAGAUCUGUGUGACAUCAUUCACAACCAUGCCCAGAACCACUUUGCAGCGUACACUGACUAUGUCCGCGACCAAGUCUACCAGGAGAAGACGUACAGCUCCCUCAUGCAGAGCAACAGGCAUUUCGCUCUGGUCAUGAGAAGGCUGGAGGAAUCUCCCUUGUGCAAACGACUUCCUUUCACCUCUUUUCUGCUUCUACCGUUCCAGAGGAUCACUCGGCUGAAAAUACUUAUUCAGAACAUUUUGAAAAAGACAGAAGAAGGGUCCAAGCUAGAGCAGACUUGUUCCCAAGCUUUGGCUGUAGUGUCUGAGAUUAUAAAGGACACCAACACUCAGGUCGGCAAGAUGAAGCAGAUGGAGGAGCUCUUUAGCAUUGCAAACAUGCUGGAAUUUCAAAAACUCAAGGCCGUGCCCAUUGUGUCCCAGACGCGCUACCUGGAGAAGCAGGGCGAGCUGCUGGAGCUGUCCAAGGCCGGCUCUCUCUUCAACAUCCGCCUACGCUUCCUGCCCGUCUACGCCUUCCUCUUCAACGACCUCUUCGUCCUCGCCAGCAAAAAGAGUCCGGACCGCUACGUGGUGAUAGACCAUGCACACCGGUCUGUGGUGCAGGCCCAGGCUGUACGCGAGGAUGAGCUGAGAGCUCGCUUCGAGCACUGCUUCUGCCUCACACUGCUGGAGAACCACCAGGGACAGCACUGCGAGAGACUCCUCAAGGCCAACACAGAGUCAGAUAUGCACCGAUGGAUUGCAGCACUACCAUCUCUGACUGAGCCCCAACCCGAUCAGAAUGAAAAGAUCUAUACAGACUGGGACUGCCCUCAGGUGCAGUGUGUGGAGCAGUAUACGGGUCAGCAGGCAGAUGAGCUCUCCUUGGAACCCACCGACAUCAUCAACGUGUUGCGCAAGACCAAAGAAGGGUGGUGUGAGGGGAUCCGCCUCUAUGAUGGCCAGACAGGCUGGUUUCCCUCCAAGAACGUGCUGGAGAUCACCAAUGAACACCAACGAAGAAGAAACCUUGUGGAGCAGUACCGUAUUCAAAAAUCAGCAGCUAAAAUAGCACAGCACCAGGAAAAAAAGCUCUGACUGACUUGAUACUGACUGUGUUCUCUUAAUGUUUUUGUAGCUGUGAGGAAAUAUUUUAUUCUCAUAUUGUGGUCUUCAGGGUCUUUUGUAAUUAUUUUAAUAUUAUUAAAACGGAUCGUUGUUUUUCUUUAAUUAUGGUACAAUGAACUAGGCCUAUAUUUUAGUUACCAAAACAGAAUAGGAUGCUUACUCCUGUUGUUCAUGUAAUGAUCUGGCUCUAACACUAAUUGCAUGUAAAUAAUGUAUGGAACUCAAUUAUACAAAUAAAAGCAAAACAAAAUA